GUAAUACGUUUGGGCGUACUGUUGCCGUCGCUGCUGCUGCUGCUGUGUUCACGACAGCGUCUUCCUCUUCUUUUUCGGGGGGUUUCAAAAAUUAGAGAAAACCGCAGUCUCGGUGUACACGCGUGUGCUGCCGUCUUCCACAGCUUUCUGUGGGAGUUUUUUCUGUGUGUGUGUGUGAUAGGCGUCCCACGUCGUUUCGUCCAUCCACCCCCCCCCCUCCACAGCCGUCUCCCACGCGAGAUCGGCCAUCGGACUUCGCUGUCCGUUCAUUAAAGCUGUGUUGGCUCUUCUCUUCCGCCGAGCGACGCUGUCCGGAAUAGAAAAAUGUUGUCGCGCUGCGCCGUCCUGCGGCGGGUGUACAGCCGCAAAAACAAACAGCCGCAGCUGAUGACGAACUUCACGAAGGUCUCCAACAUGAACAAGGCCGAGAAGGUGAAGAGCGAAACGGUCGACGGCGAUGUCGUGAAGGGGCGGGGCCGGUGUGCACCGCCGCUCGCACAGUGCCCUGAAGGAGGCCAUCGACAAGAUGGAGCACCCCGCGAUUUGGCUGUGGUACCCGUGGCGCAAGAACCCAGAGCCGCCAACGCCGUACAUGCCCUCGCGGCGCGCUCUCAAGAACCUCCACGGCGCCGUCUUCGCCGAUCUUAGCCCGGUGCACAAGAAGAAGCAGGAGCAGAUGCUCUACGGCGUCAACAUCCCCGAAACGCGAACCAUGAAGUUCGAGCAGCAGCACCCCCUGCUCGCCACGGCGCUGAAGCAGCUCGACGGCCAGCCGAAGGGCUUCCCGUUUUGGUACAAGAAGUACCCCACUCGCCGCCACGCCUACGAGCAGCGCUUCAGCGUGCCGGCGGAGAUGCUUGAGGGCUACAACGACGACAUCAAGAAGGCGCUGAGCGCGAGCAUGAUGACCAUCCAGGAAAAGCAGUUUGCGCAGGAGGCGAUGUACAUGGAGCGCUACGCCGAGCACGACUUCGAUACCACCAGCCCGGCGGUGUUGGCGGUGAAGCGCGCGCUGAAGGUGCGGGUGCUGCGCAACCACCUCCUCACGAACCCGCACAACAACAUCGUCAAGACGAUUCUCGCCAACACGGAGCGAAAGCUGAAGCACGCCCUGCGCCGCCUCCGCAAGGUGGACUUUAAGAAGUACUGGGAGAUCAUUCGCGACCACGACGUGCAGGAUGUGUUGCAGCCGCCAAACCUGGUGACGUACCGACAGGGCUCGUACUGGAGGUACGACUGGAAUGCCGGGCUCGCCAUUAGCACGCAGCUGGCCGACGUGUUGGACCCGCGUGGGCUGAAUGGGUGUGUGGAGACCGGCCGCUCCCGCUCCGAGGUGGCACGCGAUCUCGGGCUGUCCUACACGCGUCCGCUGCAGGACAACGAGAAGAAGCAGCUGUCCGACCAGGCCCUCUACUACGAGCGCCUGGCGAAGUUCAAGAUGGAGCAGCCGGAGGCGGCGCGGGCGCAGGAGCGGGAGCGCUUCGUGCGUAAGUUCUCCGGUAUGUUCCUCAAGAUGGACCUCAAGUCAGGGGCACCGGACUUCCCGAGCACGUAUCGCAAGCUGCUCGGCACGCAGGUGGCACGCUGGGCGUCGAAGCGGCACGGGCCGAUGUAA